AUGUCGUUUAGCGAAACCCCCGACCCAAUGGGCGCGCCCACAACAGGAUCAUCUUCGCCCCCAAACUCGACUCCUUCGCCCUCGACUUCGAGUGCUACAACAGCCCCGUCAUCAAGUGCUUCGCGUCGGCCACCCCGGAAGAGCACUUUGACUCAGCAGCAAAAGAAUAACAAACGCCAACGCGCGACUCAGGACCAACUCGUCCUUCUUGAAGUGGAAUUUAACAAGAACCCGACCCCUACUGCUUCCACCCGCGAAAGAAUUGCUCAGGAUAUCAACAUGACGGAACGUUCAGUUCAGAUUUGGUUCCAGAACCGUCGUGCCAAAAUCAAGAUGCUGGCCAAAAAGAGUAUUGAGACUGGUGAGGGCUGUGAUUCGAUUCCUGAGUCCAUGCGCCAUUACCUUGCGAUGCAAUUCGAUCCCACCAAGCCUGGAACUCGUGAUCCCUACGGACGCUCAGUGGGAUACCCAACCCCUGGCAUGUAUGCGAACGAUGUGAAUGGCUCUGGGAAAGUCGUCAUUUCGCAUUUUACAUGUCGAUCCUUGACAAUCGGUAGCUGGCGGCGCAUUGGACAGAAUGCGAUGGACUUGGUUAUUUUUUACUCGCCUGACAAGGCUUGUAUGACAUACUAUAUCAACAACGACUCAGCUGGCUAUAAGAUCGAAUACCCAUUUGCCCACAUCAAGAAUAUCACUCUGGAAACUGGAGACCCCAACCCUGGGCCAAAUGGUCAACCACCCCGACCUGGUGGUCUGGUGGUCGAGCUUAACCGCCCACCCAUGUUUUAUAUGGAUUCGUCCAACUCUGGCGGCUUUUACCAAUGUGGUGAUUUCACUGAGGAGCAGCAAGCGAGCCAGAUCAUGGUCCAUCACCUAGGAGGUCAUCCCAAGGUCUUGAGUGUGCAGCUUGCCAAGCUCGUAUCUUUGGAAUCCUUCCAAAACCGUCUGGCAUACGGCAAUAACAAUAACUUUGCUGUGCCCGCAGCCAUGUCUCCGCCUUUCAUCCAGCGCCCUGCUUCCCAACCUAACCACUUCGCGCCACCAGCCUAUAUGAACCUUUACCAAGAUCACAACCACCUGGGUUUCCACAUGCCGGCUUCCCGCGGACACAAGCGCCAGCGCAGUCGUUCCGUACCAGUAGCAGUUGACAUCUCGGCGUUACAAGGCCCCAUGAGUUCAUUCCACAUGCCGCAAACUCCAGCACCGUAUAAUCCUGCUGAGUCUGGAAUCUAUGCUCCGGUCCCGCAAUCUGUGCAUGCUCUUCCCACCGAUUUGCGUAUCGACACUGAUGGAUAUGGACUUGACUUCCGGACUAACCCGAUGUCUGCCACAACCACCGCAUCGCCUUCUGAAUUUGCUAGCCCCUCGAUGUUCAGCAGUGCUGCACCGGGCGAGUCAACUCCUAUCGCCAACAUGCCCCCUCAGUUCAAUGUACCACAGUUCGUUUCAACGGGCCCGUCUGAUUCACCGACUGCUGGAUCCCACUCAACGUCGCCUUACUCCGGUCUAAGCCCCGCAGACCCCAUGAUUGCCAAUCACUCACCCCCCUUGUCCAACAUGUCUCAUUCUUCUUCUGAUAUGUACGGUUUCUCGCACGAUCAGCAUUCGGGCUACGAGGACGGCCUUUCCAUGAACGACAUGUACCCAAAGCAUAAUAUCAAUUAUACUAUGUCUCAUGAAGGACCUAGCUUUGAACUCCCGAUGCAUGGCAUGUCAGGGCAUGGUUCUCCAGGCUUAGGUGAUUACUCCCAUGGCAUGGUCAAUCUUGACGAAAUCAACUCCCAAGGACUUCACACCGGAUCUUGA